AUGGAUGCAAGUAAAAAUCAAGAUAAAGAAAUACAAAUGUUGGUCAAAGGAUUAUAUCAAAAGCUUUUGGGAUUUAUGGGUAAAAGAGUACACAAGAAAAGAAAUAUAAAUGGUAAACACGUCAGUAGCACACAACACGAUGGUGGUUUGAAACGAGAAAGGAUUGAUUAUGUUGCAUCGACCAAACCAAUCAAUAAUACAAAUCAAAUUCCAAAAUACAAAAUGGGUCGAUCAAUGAUUGGUACUAUCAUGUUGCCAAAUAUAGAACACAUCAAAAGAGUACACACUGAUGGAUUCCUUAAAGAAUUAUCAUUUCAACAAAAAGAAAGAGCAAACCUUGACAAUGAUACAAUGAAAACGCAACCAUCAAAUAUUCUCCGUCCAUUGUUUCCAAUAUCCUCAUUGCUUUGA